AUGAAAAUUAAUAAAAUUCUUCCAAAGCCAGAUUGGCAAAAUUCCAUUAAAAUCAAUAAAGAAAAAAAUAACAAAUUAUUGAUAAAUAACUUAAAAUUCAAUGGUUUUGAAAUAUACAAGCAUUCUUGUCACACAUUAAAUGCUUAUCUGAAAAAUCAAAAUUUGAGUCAAACAUUCGAUUUUUUUUCAGGUUCUCAAAACUAUGAUAAGUUCAGUUACGUUAACCAAGAUGAUUACAUACCAUCGAUGAAGGAAUUUACGGGAAAAUUCAAUUAUACUAUUGAGAUUGCCUUGACUCGUGUAGAAAUUUGGGUUGAAUUAUAUUUAAAUCAAUGGAUUAAUCGUCCAACAAUGUCUCAUAGUGAAGCAAAUCGCUUCGAAACUUUAUUACACUUGUUUGAAGACUAUCAAAGUGCAGCAAUAAGCAAUUAUUAUUCAGUUAAAGAUCCGAUAGGUUAUAGUCGAUUCAUUUUAACAUCGUUGACAAUCAUUCGCGCAAUGAAUCAAAAAUUAGGUAAUGACCCAAGGUUCGAACGAUUAAAAUUACAUUCAAUUGAAAUUCCGAAUCUUAUGGAUCUCUUCGAAUUUUUGGUCUUACCCAAUCGAGAUGAUAUGAAAAGAGCUCAUGAUCUUUAUUGCUAUUUUAGUGAAUUUAGACAAAAACCAUAUCCUGAUAUUUUAACAAAUAUAAAGUCUGAUAAUGCAUUUGGUGUAUGUUUUGCUUCUCAGUCGCUGACGAUGAAGAAAAGCUUACAGGAAAUAAGAGUCCAGGCUGAAUUAGAUAAACAAAAUAAAAUACAGGAAGUCACAGAGGCAAAACGAAGAUAUAAACGACUGAUGGAUUCAAUUAAAGAUCUUUCUUGCACAUGUUCAUAUGAAUACAAUGGUUAUCGAUCCUUUUGGCGUACAUGUGAAAGAUGUAGAACUCAGAAAGAAGCUAACAAUAUUAAAGUAAACAUUUUUGAAUGCCCAAUACCAUCCGAUCGCGUCGAAGCAUUAGCCGUUAUCUUUGAAUUGCAAAUGCCAAUUGAGAUUCGAAUUUAUCGCGAUAUUAUCUGGCAAUUUAUAAACCGUCCUCAUCCACAUCCAUCGCAUAAUAUGUAUGAAUGGCUAAGCGUUCCUCCUCACGCCAGUAAAUUAGGCCCGUUCUACACUGGUCCAAAUAAUAAUAAAGUAAAAUUAGUGUCUUCCACAAAAUCCAUAACUCAAACACAUUACUCUAGCCCUUCAAUUGCAACCGCACCUGUCACCGAAUUUUUGCACGAAAAUAGCUUGAAAAUUCAAAUUUCACCAACGUCAACUAUUGCAAUCAAAGAUGAAUGUCUAGCAUUAACGCCUCAACUUGAUCAUCCAGAUUACAAACAAUUACAAUUUACGAUAAAUAACACACAAUUUGUGCAAAACCAUGUGAUUGCUAAACUAUGUGAGUGUCCAGCACGUGUAAAACCUAUCCAAUUUGUAGAAUUUGGUUCAUUUCGAUCAGGACAUCGUUUACAAUGGUUGAACUUAUUAGCGAUGCUUGAAUUGGAUUCAUUGCCUAUUGCUGAAGAGAGUAUAGCAAUACUGAUAAUGCAUUCAAUUUUGCAGUAUGGACCUCUAGCAAUAGAUGGCAAGCGUUCCGAUAAUUCUUGGUGUUCGGAAGCUCAUGAGCAGUUAUUAGAAGAUAAUUUUAUCGAUGAGUUGACUGCAAGGUUAGAUCAUCGUUUAGAUGAUUGUGAACUAAAUUGGCAAAGCGAAUUAGUAUUAUUAGUAGUUACAAUGAUUACUAUGAGAAUGUUAACUAUUUGUAAUUCAACACGAGAAGAUAAAGUUGCUAGUUUAGCAAUAAAAUGUCGUAGAAUUGGCGAAAAAUGGGUUGACCUUAUUUCAGAAACUAUUAAAUUUACGUCUUCUCCAGAUUUUAAUGAAAUUGAAAAUCUUCGUUUAAAAAUGGUAACCAUUGGUAUCUCUUGUAUUUUAACAUUUUCAACUCAUUCAGAUCGAAUACACUGUUUAUUAUCGUCGAGUGAACAUGCCAUAUCUCUACUAAAAGCGGCAACUACUACUCAUGAUAAUAUAAUUCUAAACAAAAUUCAAUCUAAUAUAAGUUCAUUUGCAAGAAAUAUUAUGAGAUUUAGCGUACGUACAUUAGUGAUGGUGCAACCAAUAGUUGCCGAAUUUCUUCAAAAAAUUUCAUUUAAAAGUUUAAACGAUUUCUCUGCAAUAUAUUGGGCUGUCAUUAGAAGUAAAGGUACUAUGAAUGGGCAAUGGCAAAAACGAACAGAAGAUGUUUAUGAUGGUUGGUACGAUUGUCAAUAUGAUUCAAGAUAUAUAUCAAUUAAUUGUAUCACGGGAACCUUUUUAGUUGAUGGUAUGACUAUAGGAUUUUUACCUGAAAACAUUACAACUAAUGAGUUAUUUGUACGUGUAUUUGGUAAUCAUAUUUUUGAAGUACAGUUAGCUGAAUCACCUAAAACUUAUAUUACUAAGCAUACCUAUCAUGGUAAUGGAAAAGUUCAAUAUGAAUUUCAUGUGAAUGAUCGAACCAAGCACUUAAUAAUUACUGAACGACAUAUAACGACAAAUGAGAUUUUUCGACUGAUUCCACAUAGUCAUUUUCAAACUGAACUGCCCGAUAUUUUCGUCUCCAACCACAGUCAUUGGCUAAACGCAAGAAGUCAAAUAGUCGAAUUUCGACCUAUUCAUUUUAAAGAAGCUAAUUUUUUAGAUCACAAACCUUAUAUUCUAUCAUUAACAACGGGUUAUAUUGUUACGAACGAUAUGACUAAUGAGCAAAAAUUAGUUAAUCAAUCAUCGUCAUUUUUUGACACAUUAUUUAGUGAAUACUUCAUACGUUUGGAUAGCAAGCCCUAUAUUUAUAUGAUGGGCGAUUGUAGUUCUCGAUCGGAUAUUAUUAUUCAUAUUCAUUUAUCUCGUUUAGGAAUUGCUUUUAAAUAUAAUGGUACAACGAAAAUCAUAACCUCUCGUGAAUAUUCAGAUAUGUGCAUUGACCAAGAUCAAUGGUUAGGAACAUUGACAGGUUUGACAUCUAGCCUUCUUUUAUCACCAUUAUCAGUCAAGCAUUACAGAUUGGAGCAUUAUCCAUAUAGAAAAUUGAUUGUACCCUUUGGUACGAUUCUAAGCACGAGAGGUCAGCGCGAAACACACCAAACUGUUACCAUAGAUCGACCUUCUUCAAUGUCUUUUUCUCACCAAUACUUUGUUUUCACUUUGAAUGAUCGAUUAAAAAUACUUCAAUCGACAGAUAGUCCUACCGGAUGGCUUUAUUUAGCAUUGUUGCACGCAACGACAUCUCACCCUUUACCAGAUCACUAUACUGGAAUGACUGGAAUGGAAAGAGCCUUUCAGUUAUUAUAUUCAGCUGGUUGCUGGUCAGAUCAACCUUUUAAUGAACUAUCUUUAUAUAUUAUUGGACAAAUUGGAUCUAUUUCACCCAAAGUCAACUAUUAUCCUGAACAUCUCACUUGUAUGGAAAAAAUAGACUGGAAUUCCAACGGUAUACCCUAUUCGAUGCAACAUUUCGGAUAUUAUUUAAUAGCAAAAAAAUUAAUCGACAGUAGUCAACUAUUCAAUUUUAUGUAUCCACAAUUGAAGACAAAUGAGAUGCCGAAGAUUUUUCAAGGGAAAAUGCAUAAUGAAAUGUUAUUGAAGAAAUUAUAUUGGGAUUAUCGAGAUUCAUACAAUCCAACAGCUCGAUUAUCUGCAGAGAUGGAGACAGAUAUCUUACGGGCUACUUCGCCAGCACCUUAUCAUCAGACUUUGAAUAAUUGUUCGAAUAUCACUAACUAUAGUGCUGUUCGACUUGUGGAUGAUUUAUACAGUGAUGAAGAUGUAAACCUCACAGAUUGUUCGAAAGAAAAUUGGCUACCUUUGUCUCAAUGGUUGAUUAAAGGAAGUCAACUGAAAGCUCUUUGGGUCGGUUUAUUACAAUUGGCCGAUCGUUUUAAAAGAGAAGCCGCUGGAAAAAGUACAGAUGACAUUCAACGAUUUGAAUGUUUGUUAAAAUUUCUUCAUUAUAUUUCUGAUAGAUGUCAAAUAAAACCGUUUUAUUUGCAAAUGUUAAAGACAACAUUGAAAGUGUCUACAAUAUCGUUCGAAUUCCUAGCAUUUCCUUCUUUUAUUUUUUAUAAUAACAUCGAACAAAUUUCAAUAGUACAGGCGCUUAUCCCACGCGGUGAACGCUGUGACCUAUGCCAAAAGACUCUAGUUAUACCAGAAGUUGAAAGAUGUUGGAGAGAAAAUUGUGAAUAUCCAAAUGUUGAUGACAUAGCAACAUCCACUGAAAAAGAUACAAUCAACAAAUUAUUGAAAUCAUGGCGCUCUAACUUAAAACUUCGACUCUUUUUAGAAUCCGUGCAAAGUCUUAUUUGUUCUGUCCCAAUAGCACAAUUUGAUGUCAAGGUAUCUUGCACUCCUCAACAAUUUGUUCUUGAAUCAUUAACAGAUCAUUAUCGGAUACAAAUGAAAACUACAGGCGAACCAAUUAAUCCGGUACUUUUACAAAGCGCAGAGCAAAAAUUUUAUCAACUCAAUACAGAUCCUUUUAAUAAACCAAAUCAAUCCAUUAGAAAAACUAAUCUACAAAAUGCAUUCCCACAAGGAAUUUUUCCUUCUAUCAAAAAUCCAAAUAAUCCUCCAAAUGAAAUUACUGAUUAUUUUAGCAAACAACUAUCUGAAAGUUGGAAAAAACUACUAUCACACAAUGAAUAUGAAAAAGAAAAUCCUUCUAUUGAAGAAAUUAUUCAACUUCUCAAUUUAUUUCGAGAUGAAUCUGAAAAACUGUACAACGAAUUUUCCAAAUCUAUUAAAUUAUCUAAUGAACAAUUAUUUGAAACAGGUCUCCUGUUCAGAAUUACACCAACAGUUCUCGUACCACUACUUCUCGAAAAAUCUUCAGCAUUCGAAUUGACUAAGAAUCAAUGUACAUUACUUGGUGGCAUUAUUGUCAAUUGGACAUUAGAACAGCAAAUGGAAAGAAUAUUACAUUUCGCUAUUCAUGACAAACGGGAAGAUUUUAAAAACGAAAUCUCGCAUAUACCGCAUUCAAAUUGGAAACCAUCUGAACAUAUUACUUGGCUUGUCUUGGAAUUAGAAAUGAAUAUAACGAUUCGCGAAAUUCAAAUAAAAGUAGCAAACCAUAUGAUACAACCAAAUAUAAUAGGCGAUACUUCAACAGCACGAAAUAUCGUAAUGCAAAUGAAUAUGGGUGAAGGAAAAACAUCAGUCAUUUUACCCAUGUUAGCUGUCUAUUUAUCUUCAUCGAAUUUGAGUUUAGCUCGUAUUAUAGUACUUAAAUCGUUAUUUCCAACCAAUUAUCAAUCAUUACGAUAUAAAUUAGGUGGUUUACUUAAUCGACGCAUUUUUCCAUUUGCAUGCCGUCGUGAUAUGAACGUCAAGGAUCAACAAAUCAAUCAGAUUUUCGAACGUUUUAAACACGGACUAAGUAAAUGUGACAUUAUAUUAACUUCACCAGAGGAUAUUCUUUCGUUUGAUUUACUAACUAUUGAUAAAUGUCGUCGAAAUGAAUUCGAUACCGGUCGUUCUAUGUUAACAGUUCAACGAUGGUUAAAAAACUAUGCUCGCGAUGUAUUAGAUGAAUCUGAUGAAAUUUUACACGUUAAAUAUCAAUUAAUUUAUACUGUUGGUGGUCAACAACAAGUUGAUGCAGGUGAAGAGCGAUGGAAAACCAUUCAAUCAAUUCUUAACUUAGUUAAACAACACGCUGAAGAUGUAUCGAGAAUGUUCCAAGAGAAAACUUGUUAUAAAUCGCCUGAACGAAAAAGUGGAUUUCCACAAUUUCGUUUACAAGCUCAUGAACCGUUUCCAUUACUCUGUCAAAAAAUUGCAAGUGAUUGGAUCGACAGUAGAAAUUAUCGCUAUGCAGAUAAAGCAAUUAUUUCAUCGUUUAUUUUAGAAACAUAUUCAUCAAUUGAAAAUCUUGUUGAUAAAUUUCCACCUCUUGAUAUUCAAUUGUGCCUCAUUGUUCGUGGCUUGCUAUCAUCAGAAGUUUUAUUAGUAGCUUUCAAAAAAAGAUAUCGAGUUAAUUAUGGUGUCAAUCCAAAUCUUUCUUUUAAUCGUCUAAUGGCUGUACCGUUUCGUGCCAAGGAUGUUGUUGCCGACAGAACUGAGUUUGGCCAUCCAGAUGUUGCUUUAGUAUUAACGCAUCUCUCAUAUUAUUAUUCGGGCUUGAGCGAUUUACAAUUAUCACAAUGUUUCAAUAGGUUAAAUGACGAAGAAACUGAUCCUAGAUCCAUUUAUGACCAAUGGAUUUUAUAUGAAGGUGAAGAUGAUUUACCAACUUGUAUAGAACAAUGGAAUGGAGUUAAUUUAAAAGAUUUUGAACAACGAACUCGCUAUCUGUUUCCUACGUUUCGAUAUAAUAUGUUAGUGAUUAAUUAUUUUCUAAAUCAUUUUGUAUUUCCUCGAGAAGCAAAACAAUUUCCAUUUAAAUUAGUUUCUUCUGCUUGGGAUUUAUCUUCAUCAUUACGAUCAAAAAUUAUCACUGGAUUUAGUGGAACGAAUGAUACACAAUUAUUACUUCCUGUUCAUAUUCGUCAAUAUGAUUUACCAGAACUUCAAAAAACAGAUGCAAUUGUUGUUAAUAAUUUAUUACAACCUGAAAAUGAAAACUAUCAGCCUUUAUUAAUAAAUUCCACAUCAGAAAACAUUUUAAACAAAAUUAUCAACUACAAAGAAACUAUUAAUGUCAUUUUAGAUGUUGGAGCAUUAUUCAUCGACGGAACCAACCGAGAAAUUGCUGUGAAAUGGCUAAAUCUAUCCAAUAGAAACCAGAUCGAUUAUGUUGUUUACUUUGAUUGUGAUUCAAUAGUCGUUGGCGAUCGGCAAUCUCAUCAUUGUCCAUUUGUAACAUCACCUGCAAGUGAACGGUUGGAUCGUUGCAUAUUCUAUUUAGAUGAAAUUCAUACACGAGGAACUGAUUUCAAGUUUCCAGUAGGAUUUAAAGCCGCUGUAACCUUAGGAAAUGGUUUAACAAAAGAUCGAUUUGUUCAAGCAUGUAUGAGAAUGAGAAAAUUAGGAAAUGGUCAUUCAUUGACAUUUUGGAGUUCAUAUGAAGUUCAUCAACAAAUUAAAACUUUGAAAAGAAAUUCAAUUACUAUCGAACAUAAAAGAAGAAAAGGCGAUGAACCGAUUAAUUUGAUUGACAUCCUUCGAUGGGUCUAUGAAAAUACUCAACAAGCCACUUGGGAUGGAUUACAUCAUUGGGCUGCUCAAAGUUUAAACUUUCAACGAAAAGUUUCUGCAUUUCAACAUAUUAAUUGGAAUGAUAAUCAACAACAAUUUACGAAUUCAAUCAUGAGAGAUUUGUCUAAAGAAUGUUGUGAACCUGAAAUAAUAGAACUGACCAAGAUGUAUGGUGCUGCAAAAGAACUACAAACAUUAUUCGAAAUUCAUCACAAGCGAUAUGAACAUACUCAUCAUCAUCAUCAUCAUUUAUCGAAAGAAAUUAAAGAUGCAGUAUUAAAACGAUUAGAAGACUAUGGUGGAACAAAACAACGUUUAUCACAAUUGCUAGAUGAAGAACAGCAAAGAGAAUUAGAGCAAGAAUUAGAAGAAGAGCGUCAACAGGAGCGUCCACCAUCUGUCAAACCAUGUGAAUCUAUUCUACACAAGGAAAUUAAACGUUUGUGCGAUUUGCAUAGUGAUAUGGAUUUAACACAAUUUCCUAAUGUUUUUCGUCAUUUGCCAUAUGCAUUUACUGGUACAACUUUUCUUAGAGAGUGUCAAUCCGAAAAUUGGUCAAAGAAUAUUUGGGUUUCCACUGAAUUUCAACGUGUUAUUGAAACUAAAGGAGAAUCAUUAAAUCCAUUUUUACGUCCUCCACGAUGGAUCCUAGUAUACCGAAACAAACACUUAAUUUUUCUCAGUGCUCUUGAAGCCAAUUGGCUAAUUGGUCGUUUAAACUCUCUUUAUCACGAACAACAAUCCAACGAACCAUCAAUCACUACAUUACGCUUAUUAUUGCCUCGUAUAAAACGAGCUCAGUCUAUAUUCAUAAACACUCCAACUCUCACCAUUCCUCCAUCAAUUCAAGUCCCUAUACCACUCGAAUGGUUGGUUCAGUUAUUUAUCUUCAAUGGUACUCUUUAUUUUGAAACAGUUGAUGAACAAACACAGUAUUGUCGAUGUUUAAGUUUAUGUCCUAAACCUCGAACGAAACAAGAAGAAGAAGCAUUUGAAAGAGGUUGGAUUGCUGUCGAUAGCUUUGUGAGUAAUGCUGAACAUCGUCGUCAGCUGAAACUAGUUAAAGUUCAAUUUCCUCGCAAUCUACUACCAUUUGUGAAACAAAUGAUUGAAAAUCGAAAUAAUUUGCAUGCGCCAAUAUCAUCACAUAUCGGUAGUAUUAUCUUCAAUUCACUCAAACUCAUUUAA